UGGAGAAGAGGAGCCACAGGAGCUGUUGGUGUUUGGAUAUGGCUGCAAAUUAUUUCGAGAUGAUGACAAGGCGAAAAUGAUUGAUCAAGGAAAGCAUUUGAUACCAUGGAUGGGCGAUAGCACGUUGAAAAUAGACAGGUCCGUUUCCCUAACCUAGACAAAAUUUAUCAUCUAGGAUAUUUAAUUCUUGCAUAAAUGCACCGUACGUGUAACCUUUAGAAGAACGAUGUCAGACAGAACUAAGCAAUGUGCAGCAGUUCGAAAAAUGCUACCACAAACGGUUAACGUACGGAUAAGCAAUCUGGAGACUGUUUAAGGUUUCUGCAGGUGUCUUGGCUGUGAACAGGCGGUGUGGAAGCGCGAAUACGUGCUCUACACGGCCGCAGAGCAGCGUGCUCUCGCGACGUUGGUGCUUAUGGCUGACCGUCGGCGCAGCAGCAAGAUACGAUGGACGCGGAGCACUGGGGGACUUAAGGAUAUACGAACCACCGACAGGUGGUUUUGAUCAGCGAACGAUCCUCACAGAGGACGAACUCAAAGUGGAACAACUAUGCGACGAAGAACGGUAUCGAUCUCUUUACAACAGUGAUAUAGAAGAUUCUGUAUACCAUGAAGAAGAGAUGAAAAGAUUGCAUCAAGCCCUGGACUCUGAGAAUACAUAUGGUCAGGUAGCGUAUAAUUACAACGAGGAAGGAAACAGUUCGAAAAUCACGUGUGACGAUUCGCAAAGUCCGAAGCAAUCGGAGGGUUCUCAGGAAGAUCAGGCUUUCGUUCCGCCUCCUGAGCUAGAAAUUCCAGAGGGUAUUCCGCUGCCAGAAACGCAGAAACUGAAUGCCAUCAUAACGAAAACGGCAUUGUUCAUAAGCCGCCAAGGGGGCCAAAUGGAAAUCUUGAUUAAAGCGAAGCAGGCAAACAAUCCACAGUUUUCGUUUUUGUCGAUAGACGGACGGCUACACCAGUAUUACAGAUACAUACUGGACGCGAUCAAGACCGGAAAGUACAAUCCCGAAAAGCAGCCCGAGAAAGAAGAAUCCGAACCUGAAGAAGGAUCGUCGGAUCAGGAUGACGAGCCGUAUCUCCAUCCGAGUCUGGUGCCAUCAUUUACCAAGAUAGAAGCGGCCCCCAGUAUUCCGAGUAUACAAUAUAAACCAUCCGCGGAUUGUGCUUAUUCGAUGCUUGUGAAUAAAAUCACUGGAAGGCCGCCACCGUCGAAGGUGUUGCAAGUCCCCGAAACAACCGUUCAGCCAGCGACUACUACUCUAGGAUAUUAUCAUCCUGUACCAGGGCAGCAGGGCUAUAAUCCUUAUGUUGCACCAGUGCAGUAUUCUCACGGUCCAGUAGUAUACGGACCAAAUGGACAAAUACAGUCACCGGGGCAUCUUCCAAUUGUGAGCGUACCAACGUCCGUGAAUGAUGUGACCGCACCGCACACAUUGACCAUCGAAUCUCCCGUGCCGUUGGUCCCUUAUGGAUCCACGCCUCAGAAGCAAUUGAGUAGACCUUCGUUCAUCGUGCCACCGGCAGACGUUCAAAUAGUCAUCGACAAAAUGGCCAGCUACGUGGCGAAGAACGGUAGGGAUUUCGAGGCGAUUGUGAAGAACAAGGGUGAUCCGAGAUUCAAUUUUCUCGAGCUGUCGCAUCAGUAUCACGGUUAUUACGCGCACAAGUUAACGAUAUACGAGGGCGCUAUAAACCCUAAAGUCUUGACGGAGGAGGAGCUGCUGCAGAAGCAGGAGCCGCUGGAGGAGAAGCAGAAAAAGUUGGAGGAAUUGCAAAAGAAGCAGCAGAGAAUGGAGGAGGUGCAAAAAAGGGUAAAGAUGAUACAGGCGAAGAAGAAAUGCGAUACAAGAACAAAACAGACCACGACGGGAACUAAGCAGAUCACCACUGUGUCGUUCUCCAUAAAGAAGCCAAAGGACGGGGAAACUGGGGUGAUCGAGAAACGGAAUGCUCUUCCGUUAGAGGAGAGCGACGACGAGAUGGAAAACGAGAACAAGGACGUGAACUCGAAGCCCAACUCGCCGCAGACCAGCGAGCAUAGUUCUUUAACCGCGCUGGGAGCAGACAAGGACACGUGGAGGCCGGAGAAGAAGUCGAAGAACGAAGAAAAGGAGCUGGUAGAUCUUACCGACGAGAUUCUGGAAGAUUGUCAAAAAGAGAUCAGGCACAAGCAGGCCGAGGAUAGGAUCAAGGACAAACUGGUCGCGGCAGCGCGGGACAAGUUAGCCGCUACGUCCAGAGAGAGACAGCUACAGUUGGAGAGGAAGAAGAAGGCAGCAGCGUUUCUGAGUCAGAUUCAGACCUCUGUGUUGUCGAGAUCCAGCGGGACGACUAGCCAGGGUAUUAGGAAAGACGAUUCGGACGAGGUGCACUCCCUACCUUCGCCGUCGCCCUCGCCAUCGUUCGACGAUGUAAAAUCCUACGAUUCGAGGACUAGCGGCAACUCGUUAAUGGAUAGAUUGAAAAGCGCCGAUUUGACCGGCAAGCGAUCUAGGCCACGAUCGAGGAGUCCCAACGGCAGCCGAAGUCACACGGACAGACAAAAGUAUCACAAGAGGCACAAAAAGAAGAAAAGCUCUCACAGAAGCAGUCAUGACAGUCCAAGCAGUUCCCGAACGCACAGAUCGAAGAAGAGCAAGAAGACCUCCUCCAAGCACAGGUCUCGUUCGCGAACACCGUCCCGUAGGCAUCAGCACAGUGCACGACGAAAGGGUAGCAACUCGUCUUACUCGGACUCUAGUUCGCCUUGAACUUUUAUUUUGGUCAACUUUACACGUGUAAAAUUGUAUAUACAUGCACAUUCAUACGUACAUACACAUGCAUAAAUACAUACAUACAUAUAUUCAUAUAUGUACUCGCGUGCGUGUCCAGAUAUUAUCGUAUCGACGAUAAUUUUAAUACAAUUUUUGUCCAAAAAAAAGCGAUGGGAAAUUAUUAAAAAAAAAAACAUUGAAAAAUAAAAUGAAAUUUCAAUAAAGAUUAUACAUCCACCA